ACAGGGGGUGAUAAUGCCGCUGAAAACGAGGGCGGAUGGACUCAGCUGCCUCCACCACGACAAAUGGCGCCAAUGUUCAGAGCUGAGCUAAGAAUGAGAGGACCUCCGAUCAGACCGCCUGUCAGAGGGCCGUGGAUGGAUCAGGGACCAGGAGGCCCAGGUCCAUUUGGACCAAGAUUCAAUAACAUGGGACCGCCCUUCAAUAGACCACCUUUUGAAAGACCACCAUUUGAGGGUGGCCCUGGGCCCAUGUUUGAUAGACCGCCGUUCAAUCGAAUGUCAUUUGAUAACCGACCACCCUUUGAUGGCCCAAGACCUCCGUUUGAUGGUCCAAGACCUCCGUUUGAUGGUCCUAGACCACCAUUUGACGGACCUAGGCCGCCAUUUGAUGGGCCAAGACCACCAUUUGAUGGUCCAAGACUUCCUUUUGAUGGUCCUAAACCGCGUCCUCCCUUCGAUGGGCCUAGACCACCUUUCGAUGGUCAACGUCCGCCGUUUGAUGGCCCAAGACCACCAUUUGACGGUCCUCGACCUCACUUUGAUGGCCCACGGCCACCAAUUGAUGGCCCCAGACCUCCGUUCAAUGGUCCAAGACCACCGUUCGAUGGGCCCAGACCGCCUUUCGAUGGGCCUCGGCCGCCAUUCGAAGGACCAAGGCAAUAUGAAGCUUUUGAAGGAGAUAGACAGUUUGAUGGGCCUAGAUUUGAUGGUCCCCCCGAAUACUUUGAUAGAAAUAGAAGAUUUGACGAUCGCGAACAAUUUGAACGGGGUUGGAAUAGGGAUAGAGAGUGGGACAGGAGGAACGAAUGGGAUGACAGAAGAAGGGACAGAAGAAGUGCAGGAAAUAGUGAACAUGAAGAAAGAUAUAAUAGAGAUAGAAACGAUAGAAGAAGAAAUCAUGAUGACAGAACUAAACCUCGAGAAGAUAGAAGUACGAGAAGAGAUAAAGAUAGAAAGUCUAGGUGGGGUGCUGCUGAUGAAACCACAAAUCAAAAUGAAGAAGCCGAACAAACAGAAGUUCAAAAUAAUACGAAUGAUAAUGAAGCAAGCAAAUCUGAACAAACUAGUGAACCCAGUGUUAAGGAAACAAAUUCUAUAGUAAAGGAUAUUAUUAAAAUAGACUCGGAAUCAAAGAAUGUAGAUAAUGAAAGCAAUGAUUUAGAAACUAAAGAUAAUAGUGUUCUGUUAGAAGAAAAUACGUUAGAAAGUAAUGUACAGGAAUCGAAUGUUACAAAAAAUGAAGAUACUCAAGCAUCAAACGAUCAUGAAAUAGAAAAUGAUAAUGAUAAUAAAGAAAGAAAUAUGUUUAAUGUAGAAACAACAGUAGAAACAAAUAUGAUUAAUGGUAAUAGCGAAGAUAGCCGAGAGCAAAAUAAGAAAGUAAGUGAGCCAGCUAACCUUUACGACGCAAACGAUGCUGUAGAUACGAGUUUUUCGGUUGCGUCAAAAGAAGUACCAGAACCAAUCGAACAUGAACCCAACACUGAUACUGUUGACAAAUCCGAUGAUAUAUUCAAUGAUAAAACGGUGCAGGAAGUAACGCAAAAUGAACCAGUACAAGAUAAUACUGAAAGUGAAAUAGCACAAAGCAAAGAAGGUGAUCUCUGACAGCGGUGGAUAAAGUUUGGAUAUUUCCAGUGGAAUUGAUUCGGGUGACGCGUUCAGGCCCGACGUCACAAACACACAGCUACGCAGUGUUGCCAGCUCAGAAUAGGUUCCGCGUUGUUCGAAAAUGUCGUUAUAUAAAUAUUCUGAAGAUUAGCAACAGUGCUAUUCAAAAAUUAAAUGUAACUUAAAUAUUUUAUUGACAUAAUAAUAUAUUUAUCACAAAUAAUUAUGGUCGUCAUCAAAUGACACCAAUUAAUAUAAUUUAACUCGUCGAUCUGGUAGCACUGGUGAGCUGCAAAUAGAUUAACGCAGAUUUAUAACGCCAAAGAUAAUUUUAUACAAUAUACGAUUGAAAUAAAUACCGAGUGCCUUAUUGGUGUUUUGUUUCUGCGGCGGUGAAGAGGAACCCGCCCGGGCGCUCAAGUGGAGCGACCCGGGCCAGGUACGGUUGCUAUGUUGAUAAAUACAAAAACGCACGUCUACAACAAUUUUGUAUCUUUUUUUUAAAACCGUAACUUUUAAAAAAUCAGAUAUAUUAGUUAUUUCAACAGAAUUAAAAUAAGUUUUUUUUUAUUUAUUGAUAAAAAAGCAAUUGUUGUCGACGAGUGUAUAUAUUUUUUUAAAUUAUGUCGCAAUGGAUAUAUUCGUUUCAUAUCAAAUUAAGCCUAAUAUAGCCUCCAAUAACCAUUGCAAUCCAUUGCAACAUAAAUUAUAUCACUAGCAAUGUGUGCAAAGGCCUCGACGACGCCGUGCCACCCGAAUCAACACUGGAAAUAGAAGAUAAGGAACAAAAUGGAUUCUUCAAGUAUCUUCAAUCGCCACGUUAGGUGUUUACGAUACGGGCCAUCGUUUAAUUCUUCAGAUAAAUAGGCUUGACCUAUAUAGUGUUUAUACAAUCGUUAGUUAGGUAAUUUUAAUUUAAUAUUAUGAACUAUGAUCAAUUCAUUAUUCAUUUUUGUUUUUCAUAUAUCUUGGUGAAGGUAGACAAGUUUUAUUUUUAUAUCAUCUAAUUUCAUCGUAAAGAUACUAACAAAAUUCUAUAUCUUCAUUUAUGCAUAAGGUAAUAAAGUAGAAAUAUUUUAAAAUUACAAAUUAAAUAAUACAUUGUUCACGUGAUGUAAAAUAUAAUUUUUGUUUUAUAAUUAUUAUUAUAAAUUUAUAUAGCUGGCUUUGAUUUAUAAAUAUAAUAAGAACACGUUAGUUGGUGUAGUUAUAAAGUUAAAUUGCAUGCUUAAAUGUUUGUCAUAUUUGUGCUUAAAUAAAAAUUAAAAAUACA